GUUUCACAGGUGAAUGGUGCGGCAUCCCUGUCGGUCGUUUCUGCUGAUCUGGGGUCGGAUGGUUUCAUGUACACAAGCUGGUUUCGAGACACAGCGAUACUGACUGACCGGCUAGGUCGUCCGGGGAGAUACCAAGCCAAGUGAACAUGAGCGCGCUCUCCACAGACAAGAAGCCACUGGUGGACUACGGCGUCCAGAUCCGCUUCAUCAACGACCUGCACGACACGGGCGGCGGGAUCCCCGAGAAGAGCCGCGCCGCCGCCGCCGCCACGCCCCCUUCCAACAAGUACGGGGUGGCGGUGCGCGUCCAGGGGAUCUCCGGGCAGCCCUACCUGGUCCUCAAAGACGGCGAGAAGGGGGACUCGUACGGCGUCCAGCUGAAGGCGCAGGCCAUGCCUCAGAGUCCGAGUCUGAGCCCUGUGCCAGGCUCCAGGUACAACUCCUCGGGCAGAGACCCCAAACCGCCUGGGUUCCCGAAGCCGUACGCCCCCGUCGGAAACACAAGGAGCUCCUCUGUGUCACCGGCAGAGGAAGUAGAGGGGGAGGUCUUUGGGAGUCCCCUGAAGAGACCACCCGGGGACGGACAAGCCGUGGGCCAGGUGGGGGACGGCGAGAGAGGAGCCGCUCCGAAGGCGGACCCCCUACCCAAAACGGUGACCAGCGGUGGAACGGGGAAGAAACCAGAGUGGGACAGUGGGGACGAGUUUAACGAGGCCGGACUGAAACGCGUGAAACGAAACGGGGUGGGGACGAGGUCGGUCAAGCAGAACGGGUUCACCUCGGCCGGAUCGCUGGGGCGCCACAGCGGGAAGACCGUCAUGCAGAACUUCCCCCUGGAGUCUUUCCCAGAGGGCCUUCCCCCUCCGCCCUCUCCGUCUUCGUCUUCCUCGGCGCGGGCUGAGGAGGAGGAGGAGGAGGAGCGGGCCCCGGCCAUAGACACCGAGUCGCUGGCCCCCAUCAACAAGCUGAUCAGCAAGUUCAACAGCAGCGGCCCCGGAGGCUGCCCGCAGACCCGGGGCCGCGCGGGGGCCCGGCAGCGGCUGAGGUUUGACGAACGCAAACGAUCCAGGAGUCUGGACGCUCGGAGAGAGGCCGUGGUAGCCCUUCCGCUGCCGGCCUCUCCCACGUUCGACGCCGUCAACCCCUACGCUAGUACCCCCACGCCUCGAUCGGCCCCCUCAAAAACGUCGGCGUCACCCGGCUCGGCGAGCGUUGGCCCGGGGACGAGUGCCGCCUCUGUCACCACGGCGAUGGCGUUCCCCACCUCCAAGCCAGGCUUCAAGUCGUUGCGGAGCUCGGUUGCCAAGGACACCCCUCAUCCAGCCAUACCAAAAAAGCCUGAAACGCCGGCUCCAUUAAGGCACCAGAGUCGAAGCUUAGACGUGUCCAGUGAUGAGGACGAACAGGCAAAGCAAGCCAUAUACAACAUCCUCAAAGACGGGUCAAGUGCGAGUGAAGCGUCCAUCAAAAGAAAGGUCAACCUCAUCUAUGCAAAGACCAACCCUUUGAAGUUCCGAGGAUCAAUGGGAAAUCCAAACAAGGACGGUGACGAACAUCUAAACGAGGCCAAGGAGCUUCGGGAGCAGCUAAACCGACUCAAGGCGGAGCUGAGGGAAGCCCAUGAUGAACUAGCAGAGGGGCGGAUGGCCAGGGAGGCUUCAGAGUCCACCGUGCGUCAGCAGGAAGACCAACUGGCCGCGCUGCAGGAAGAGCUGAGGAGGAUCUCGGAAGACUCCCCCUACAGCGACUCAGUGCAAACGGACGUGGCGACACUGCAGGCCGAGCUGGUGGAGGCGGCCAUGCUGCGGCAGCGGCAGGAGGAGACGCUGCACCAGCGGGAGCGGGAGCUGACCGCCCUGAAGGGGGCGCUGAAGGAGGAGGUGGAGUCCCACGACGAGGAGGUGGAGAACCUGAGAGAGCAGUACAGCCAGGACAUGGAGGUCCUCCGGAGGACCAUGGAGGAGGUCUCGCAGUCCCAGGAAGACAUCGAGGAGGAGAGGCAGAGGGUGAACGCCUCCAUGGUGUCCCUGGGGGAUGAGCUGGACAGCUGCAGGGACCAGGGGGACACCUGGAAGACCCAGCUGGAGGCCACCCAGCUAGAGACUCAAUGGAAGGACAACAGUCAAAUGCUGCAGCGGUGUCGCCGGGGGAGAGAGGGGCUCGAGGGGGAGUUGAGGGAGCUGCAGGACUCGGUGUCCUCCAUGAAGAAUCAGACGCCCGGUGUGGACGAUGGGCGUUUUGAGGCCGCUCAGCGUUGCCAUGACGAUCUGAAGCGGACUCGCGCCGAGUUGGACAAACAAAAGGCAGAGUUGGAGCAGAAGUGCGCCGAGCUCCAGGCCCUGAGGAAGGCUGGCGAGGGGGCGGAGGCCGGGCUGCGGUCUGAGAUGAGCAGGCUGAGGGACCAAUCACAGAGCGACAAGGCUGAACUGGAAAAGGCAAAAGAGUCGCUAGCGGGGUUUUCAGCGAGACCCGUGCUGGAACAGGAGUCGGCCCAGGAGCUCCAGGAGGCCAACGCCAGACUCCGAGAGCGGCUGUCUCGCAUGACCACCAGGCGCUCGUCCACCCUGCCCCUCAGCCCCGGGGCGGAGGAGGCCCUGGAGGUCCUGGAGGACGAGAACCGCGCCCUGAAGACCCAGCUGGAGGAGGCCCGGCGGGGGGCGGCCCGGCUGGGCAAGGAGAAGGAGGAGCUGGGCCGGCGGCUGGAGGAGCGGGACCAGGAGAGGGAGGCGCUGCGACGGGGGAAGACGGAGCUGGAGGAACAGAAGAGGCUACUGGACCGCGCCCUGGACAAGAUCAACAAGGAGAUGGAGUCGAUGAUGGGCGACUCCCGGCAGUCUGUGAUGGGCCUGCAGACCCAGCUGGAGGAGUACCGGGACCGCUCCAGGAAGGAGCUGCUGGAGGCCCAGCGCAGCAGCAAGGACCGGCUGGCAGAGCUGCAGAGGAGCCAGACCAGCCUGAAGGCCCAGCAGGAUGAGGUCUCCCGCCUGAAGAAGGACCUGCUGGCGGCUGGCGAGGAGCGGGACGGGGCCCAGCUGGAGCGGGACCUGCUCAACGGGCGCCUCAAACACAUGGAGGAGGAGCUGGAGGCGGAGAGGAGCACCUACACAGACCGCUCCCGGGAGGUCCGCAGCCUGGAGGAUAAACUCAAGUCACUUGGGAUUGAGCUGGACGAAGAGAAGAGCAACGUGGAGCUUCUCAAUGACCGAAUCGCCCGAAGCAGAGAACAGGUGGAACAGCUCCGGUCUGAGCUGAUGCAGGAGCGCUCGGCCCGACACGACCUGGAGAUGGACAAGAGCUCCAUGGAGAGACAGCUGAAGGAGCUGAAGUCCCGUGUGGUCGACAUGGAGACCCCGUCGCGCCCCUCCGCUGGCCUCGCUGUGCUGGAGAAGAAGGUCCUGGAGCUGGAGGAGACGCUGCUCAGUGAGGAGAGAGAGAAGGUCACCAUCAUGGCUUCCCAGAGACGCAUGGAGAGGAGGCUGAAGGACCUGAACGCCACCCUAGACCAGGAGAGGAACCAGUCCGCAGAGCAGAAGGAUCAGCUGUCCCUGCGCGUGAAGGCGUUGAAGCGGCAGGUGGACGAGAGUGAGUGUGAGGUGGAGCGUCUGGAGGGCGUGAGGAGGAAGGGCCUGCGGGAGCUGGAGGAGCAGCAGGAGCAGAGGGAGGCCCUGCAGGCCAAGGUGACGGCGCUGGAGGCGGAGCUCAAGCGCAAGGUCCAACAUUCACGGACUUUGGCUCUGAGCUCGGUGAACCUCAGCUCAGAAGACGAAGACCUCCUCACCGAAAUCCACCUGCAGAACAACAACUGAUGGAGGGAGGGAGGGAAUAGGAAGGUUAAAUUGGAUAUAGGAGUAUUUAUGACUUUUUUCGGGAAGGAAAUGGAGGGGGGGACAGGUAAAAUAUAGAUCUAUAAAGAUUUGUAAUACAAAUCGAAAUGCACAUAUAAUACAUAUUAUAUUUUUUAGUCUCAAAAGACUCCUAUUGUAGUAGAUCGUUAAAGGGGCACCUCAGGGCUCAAGGAGUAUUGUCAUAUGACGGAAGUUGGAUCGAGUGAAGGAUGCUGUGAAAUACAGCACUGCAACAACGGAACACUGAACUGCAAGCAAAGGCAUACUUCAACAGUAAAAAGGCUGUAAUGAUGUAUUCUUGGCACCGUACACUGAUGUUUUAACACUGUUUAUUUUCAGCUCAAAGGUAUCAGCUUUCAGCGAUGUUAAAUGAAUACAUAUACUUCUCACCGGUUGUAGCGAUUCAAUGUAAUGAAUGCAUGUUUUUCUGAGCGAUUGCUGAAGAACAGACAUAUGGUGUACAUUUGGAAGUACAGGGUUUGGUGUGCAUUGCUUCAAAUCGACAUGAAUGCAUUUUUACUCCAUAUAGCCAUGGUACUCUAUACUAAUGUAGCAUUCUGCAUGCUUUAUUUUGUAUUUUGACUUGACUACAGAAAUCAUUCAGAAUAUUCCUAGCCUAGUUCCUGCAUGAGUUGUAAACUUGUAGUGCUCAUGAAUCAAAUACCCAAGUACAUUUGUGUUUGGUUUGCUGUCAGCCUCCGCAUGAUACGUUGUGUACAUUGUUGUAGCUAGGUGAAGGUACACAAUAGUAUUGGUUUUCAAUGUAUAUCAGGAGUUUAGAUCUAAGCUUGUUUUGUACACCUGACUGUGACGGUGGAGAUGCAUUUUUAACUGAGCCUUUAUUUUUUACACUUUGACUAUUCAAACCCUGUAUUGAAGACAAUCAAAGGUGCGAACGCCCCAGAUUUGAUGUAGCCGUAUUUUCAAAUACGUUUUUCAAAAGCUUUUUUAUAAACUGACGGAAAUGAGUGCGGUGAGCUACGUUUUCUGUUUAUAAUACUAGCCUGUGUGCAUGUUUUCACUCAGAAGCCUUAAACAUGAUUAUGAGUUAAUUGUAGAUGUUGUUUGGAGCUUUAUGCCUUUGAUGUUCAGUGUUGUCUGUUUUGGUGUUGUCUUUCGUUGCUUUUGAAAGGAUUUCAUUUUUUUAGUCAUCUGUGUGAAUGCCAAGUUUUGAAGUGGAAUAGACAUUCCUGUUUGAAGUGUGGUUACUUGAGGCUACACAUGUUUUGUUGUUUUUGUCUUUUGUUUGAUGUUGUUGCAUAUGCCUUCUGUGUGUUAUUAGACUAUCGCUGAAUGCAUUUCUCAUGAGAUUAUUACCUUUAAAUGUGUCACUUUAAAAUGUAUUUUUACUGCAUCUCAAAAUUAGUAUUGAGUAUACAUCAAUGUUCACAAUGUGCUGUUGACAAUUGGUGACAUGUGGUUCAAUGCUUGGUACGAUUUUUCCAAAGCUGUUAUACCAGAUUUAUAUAUUUCAAAUAAAUUUUGGACAUGGUGGAAAUAUGACAUUUCUUUUACUUUGUUUUCCAAAUACAAGAAAAUAGAAUUUGCUGUGUAUUUUACAUUGUGUACACUUCUUUCAUUUGAUUUGACAACAGUGAUAGUUACAAUGUCCUCAACGGCAGGCCUAGUUUGACUGUUUUUGUAUUUUUACUUCUCUUCUAAUCUACCCACUAGAUUAUCACAAAAUAUGUAAAAUGCACAUUAAUCAAUAAUUUAUGGCAUACAAGUCGGCCCCUUCAAUUAUUCGUAAUAAUUUAGUAGUUUAUUAAGGUUUUUGUGUGAUGGGUGCCUCGUGUAUUAUCUGGGAUCCACACAUAUAAACUGCGGAGCAGAUAGGACUGUGCUUGUCUUGCCAUGCACAUAGCGUUCUCCAUCACUGCUAGUUGGCAGCGUCCCUCUCUGGAGAGCCAAGAGGGAUGGAGAUGAUGCAGAAGAUGGAGGAGAAUGUUGUUUUUGUCCCCCGACUAAUACUUGAGAUUACUGAGGUUAACCACCAUGGCUUUCUGUACGUUUAAUGCUUUUGAAGGGAAAAAGGAAAUAAAUAGUUUCAAUAAUAUUCUGUUUACAAAUUGUAAUCACAAAUUGUAAUUGUUUACAUUUGUUUUUCUUUGAAAACGAAUGGAGGUGCAAUAAGAUUGUUGUGGUUGAACCUAUCUCUGUUCUCUCCUGGGUUACGACAUGUCUGGUUGUAACCUCGUGAUGGACACCUGGUGUGUCCUGGGCGUGACCAGUGACAUCACAUCUGUCUGUUCCAAUCUCUGUCUCACCCUCUCUCUCUCUCUCUCUCUCUCCCCACCUCCCUGGGAAUGACUUUGGAUUAGAGACAUGCCCGAACUCUAGACAGAGUUGGGGCAUGAAGAUUGCUUGAAGAUUGCUUACUCUUCAAACAUUAAAUGUGUCAAAUAGCAGAUUGAAAGCUUGGAGGGAACCAUGCUUAUUAAAAAACACAUACUAAAACCACUUUAGUCAAUCAUUCAAUGUGUCAAAAAACAGAAGGAAAGCUUGGGGUAAAUCAUGCUUAUUAAAAACACAUACUCAAA